ACCAAUAUAUACGAACAAUAGAGAGAGAGUGAGAGAGCAUGAACAAGCUCAACUUAUUGUGACUUCUCAGCAUUGAAAACUUAUUGUGACUGUAAAGUUCUCAACAAUACAUAUAAAGAACAAACAGAGAGAUGUGAAGAUGCUCAACAGACUAUACAUUGCCAUUCUCGCCCUUCAACUUAUUCUGACUCUUCUAUCCCACACAGUUCAAUCAUCAUCAGACCAUCUACAAAUAGCACCAAUUCCAUCACCAUGGCCGGAGCGAUUCCACGCACUGCUGUACAUGAACUUGUCGAGCUCAAAGCUUCAAAUCAGCAACCUAUGGUACGACUGGCCUAAAGGCCGAAACGUCAACAUUAUACAGAAGCAACUUGGUGUCCUCCUUUAUGACAUCGAGUGGAACAAUGGCACUAGCUUCUACUACACGUUAGGCAGCCACGGCACAUGCAUGACAAUGCAGUUCGAGGUUGGAAUCCUCAGACCGGACUUUCUCGACGGAGCGAAAUAUGUGGGAACUGCAGUCACUGAUGGGUUUCUGUGUAAUGUGUGGGAGAAGGUGGAUUUCAUUUGGUACUAUGAGGAUGUCCUCACUAAUCGCCCUGUUCGUUGGGAUUUCUAUGAUGGAAUUUCUACACAUGUGAUUACCUUCGAGGUUGGCGCAAAGUUGCAAGAUUCAUUGUCGCAAGCCCCUUCAUACUGUUUUAGUCACGACAAAGAGCUGAGAAUGUUGAAGGCUAAAAGUCCUGUUAGUGAAGGUUUCCUUAAUGCAAAGAAUGUUGAAAAUGUUAAUUUAUACUUUUUCUAGAUUGUAAUUAAGUUGGGUGGCAUGUUCUUCUCUUAAAAAAGUGCGUUUAAAUAAAUAUAUAUGUAAAAGAAUAUGUAAUGUUCAUCUACCGGUAUGAAAUAUAUUGGUUAGAAUCUUCUUUGUAA